GAUUUAAGUGCCCUGUAUGCUCAAAAUUUGUACCCUCAGAUGAAAUGGAUUUGCAUCUUGUGAUGUGUUUAACAAAGCCAAGAAUAACCUAUAAUGAGGAUGUACUGAGUAAAGAUGCUGGGGAAUGUGCAAUAUGCCUUGAAGAAUUGCAGCAGGGAGAUACUAUAGCACGACUGCCUUGUCUAUGCAUAUAUCAUAAAGGCUGCAUAGAUGAAUGGUUUGAAGUAAAUAGAUCAUGCCCUGAGCACCCUUCAGAUUAAGCAUCAGAUUCCUGUUUUAUAGGUUUUCUUGUCUUUUUAAGAUGCUUGAAAAAACAAGAGGAUACGAGGAUCUAUCUCUGGAAGAACAAAAAUGCAGGCAUACUCAGCCAGAAAUCUGAGUUGUGUGAGACUUGGUAAUGAGAUGGACAAUCAGGCAGGGAAAAAACCCUGCUGAAGAAAGGACAGUCACUGUAGAACUCAGUGUACCAAACAUGCAUAUAAAGGACACACAGGGAUUUUGAAAAUGCUGCACAUCCCUUAAUCAUCAUCUACAUAGAUAAUACCGAUAAACAUUUUGUAUUCAGACGCCAAAGUUAACUGAUUUAAAAAGUUGAUUUCAUUACGUUCUCUAGAGCUGCGCAACAGUUGUAUUUUGAUUUGCUUUCUUUUUAAUUUGGGGUCUCUUUAUUUUCCCCAAUGUAGUAUUUCUACAUUCAUUUAAAAUGAAAACCACACAAUUUACUUCUUAUAAAUUAAAAUUUUAAAUGUGAAACCAAGAAAUGUAAUCAAGCAGUAAAACAUUCUCUGAAUAUAGACUAUGAUCUCAAGUCCUUCUAUUUUCCCCCCCAAGAGUGGAAAAUAGAUUCUACAUAGGAAAGCUAAAAUAUGUUAAUAUUUUUAAAUUAAAAGUUUAAUAUUAUCAGAAUACAGUCCAAAGAGUAAAUUACGUUACAUAAUUACAUUCUAAUUAAAUAUAGAAUUGUCUACUGAAUUGCAGUUUAUUAAAUAUAUCAUUUCCUCUUAAAACUGCUCAAUAGUUAUUCAGCAGUGAAUCAUCUUGCAGCUAUGCAACUUUUUAAAAAUUACAAAUUACCAAUUUUACGUGCUGCCAGCUACAAUAAUUUUGUUUUAACGGGUAUCUUUUGUUUAUUCUCCUCAUGUAAUUAUUUUAUUGUGCUUUGCAUCUCUAGGCAGUUUUUCCACAUUUGGGUAAAAUGUUUAGCAGGUUUGUAAACUUAAUAACUUAUGGAAAAGGUAAAAUAAAAUUUUCUGGAGUGAAACUUGGAAUAGUUUGAGGGACAUUUUAUAUACUUUUAAAAAUCAGAAUUUAAUUGGGAUGCCAGAUUUAUAGCAAUUUGCAUUUUUAAUUUUCCAGGUAAUCUGGAGGUUAGCAUUUGAUAAAUGAUUUUUUAAAGCAAAGAUGAUUUUGUUAAUUUAUAAUUUAUUAGUGUGUUGUUAUUGUACUUGAACAUGUUAUAGAGGCUUUUAAAUUCAGUCUCAUGUAGAAAGAAAUGUAUUAAGCAAAAUUAUGUGAAUAAAUAUUCCCACAAAAUUUAUGUGAAUGGUUAAAAGUACUGGAAGAGAGCUAUCAGGGCUACAAUAGUGAAUGUCGUCUUUCUUCUUAAUGUCAAAAAUACUGAUGAGUAGCUUGCAUGUUUUCACCAUAGGGAAAACAUUUAAUGAGUUUUAGGCAGUGCACUUUACUUGGUGUAAUUGAAAGUUGCACAGCACCAUUUCUUCAGUUUAACCUUUCUUUACUCUUCUUUUUUUCUUUUUUCUUUUUUUUUCUAAAUGCGAGAGCACACAUGCCCUUGCCAGAGAAAGAGAGAAAGCACUCCUCGUUGGAGCAUGGCCACACCACAGCAUCUUCUCUGUUUCUCCAGCCUGUUCGGAUUUGGAAUACACACUCACACCCUCACAUGUUUGUUAAGCCACCAGAUGGAAUCUGAACCAUGAUUAGCCAUGUAGGCCCUGUCUCCUUUAACCACUAGGCUAUAAGGCCAACCUUUAAUGUAUUUAAGUAUUUGUUGGUUAUUGUUGUUUUAUUUAACAUUGCUGCUCUUAUUUUUUCUAAAUUUUUUCCCUACUCUUGCUUCUGUUUCAUAUUUUUAAAAGGGCAAGUACAGGAGCAACUGCUGCUACCCAGAAGAAUUUGUGUAUUAUAAAUAAUUAAAAGAGUUUUUAAUUGCUUUCUGUGUGAUGCUAGAUCAGAUAACAUUUUUCUUAAAUUAUGCUGUGAAAUGCCUUUUGUUAUGCUGCAAUUGCUAAAAGAAUCCAAAACCUCCAUUGUGAGAGCUGACAGCACAGUUUCAUAGGUGCUUUUUAACCAGUCCAUGGAAAAUAUU